AUGGAUAUUGCGUGGACAGUGCAAUUAUUUCUUGCCGUGACGAAUCUUUUCUGGUACGAAGGAUCAGGCGUGUAUCUCUUCAACUCCAAGACUGAAACUCCGUUUGACAGCCAUAGGCAAGCAAGAUUUGCAGCAGUUCCUCCUGGUGCUCCCAUAACCAUAGGCGUGUAUCUCUUCAACUCCAAGACUGAAACUCCGUUUGACAGCCAUAGGCAAGCAAGAUUUGCAGCAGUUCCUCCUGGUGCUCCCAUAACCAUAGGCAAACGUUUGUGUAUAAUGAAACUUGCCAGUGCUGUAGAAUUAUUUCUAUCGAUUGCAAGUGUCGUGCUUGAACGACAGGAAGAAUUUCUUAAAAGCGGAGAAAAUGUAUCCCUGCAAGAAUUGUUUUUGGACGGCACUACUGAACGAUCCCAUCGUCAAGGAAGAAUCGUCGUGGUGCCUCCGAUGUUCACACAAAAUCUCUGCGUUUUCGGAUUAAUCUUUGGUGUGCCGUUGUCGUUUCUGAUUCCGGUGGUGAGACUUCAAACUUCUCCAGACGACGCGGAGGAUUCGGAAGAGGACGAAGAUUCACGCAGACGACAGGAUGUCGAUGUUGAUGAUGAGAGAGACAUCGUCACUCCAUUUGAGCAACGAAUCUCUGCGGAAGAUGAAUCAAAUAUUCCAGGUGUCGCUCCUUUUGCGUUGGCGAACAUCUCGGCACCGAGGAGUUUCGGUGACCCGUCUGAUGCCGAACUAGUCGAGGAAUACGAUUUGGAUUUAAUGCAUGAGGACAACCUUGUAACUUUAAACAACUACUUUGACUACAUGGAGGAUCAGCAGCAGAACUUGAAUAUGGACUGGUACUGGUUUGUACAGCUGGUCUUCGCCGUUUUCCGGGUUGUUCUGGAAAGGUCACAAAAGGGACGAAGUUUUGAUAAUCUUCAGUAUUUGACAGAGCCGAACGAAAAGCUGGGGUUCGAUAGGCAAGCAAGAUAUUUCACUGCCAUCCCUCCGGGUGCCCCAAUCACCAUCGGAAUGAUCAUCAACUACCCAAUGUCGGUUAUCACCCUGGUUUCCAGAAGACGUUUGGCGAACUUGGCCAAUUUGGCGCUCGGAAAAGAGGGCGAAACGAAGCUUUCCAAAGAAGGAAACUCCACUGUUUCGAAUACCACCAGUCCUGAUGUGAAUGUUCCUGAAAUCAAAGAGCUCAAUUCCGAUAAGAUGAAACAUCAGGGAAAGAAGAAUAAAAAGAAGCGAAGAAAGAAAAAGAAGAAACCGCAAACCGAUGCAAAAAUCGAAGAAUCGGAAACAACGACGACCGAGAAUGUCGCAGUAGCAGAUGACCAAAGUGCUGAGAGAGAAGCAACAACAACUUCUGCAGAUUUUCAGCGGGAAAGCAGGAAUAUUUUUGACGACGAUUACAAGUAUUAUGACAUUGAAGAAGACCAAGAGGAUGACGAAGGAGAAGAAGAAGAAGAGGCAAAAGAAGAAAAUGUAAUUGACAAAGAGACAGAUGAUGAAGAAAUAUUACGAAGUAAACAAGCAAACGAAUCUGCUUUUGUUGGAUCCAGUUGGUCUAUAAGCGACGCCAUUCACGAAGAUCAGCUGUCCAAAAUAGACGAAUAUUUUAUGGCCUAUGAGAUUUCUGGAGAACGUUGCAUGCGAAGAAUGACCUGCGAACUGGCUUCAGCACCUGAUGAGUUUUUCCCGGUCAGCGAUUUACUUCUUCGCUAUGUCAAG